GAUGCGAGCGUUCGAGGUUUCGUUGUUUAUUGAAGUCUAUUGACCUGGAUGGUCCCAAGAGUGGUCCCAAGACAGGGCAAGAAUGUCACCGCACCCCGCACUCAAGGUGUUUCAAGGUGUUGGGGGAUGGUGAGGAAACGGACCUUCAAUUAUGGGAUAGUUGAGAAGGACUGGGUAUGCCCGCUCUACCUAGAUCUUUUUGUCUUGGUCAAUACAACCGCCGCCAGUCGCAGUUUUUGGCUGCAGUUGCCGCAGCACGAUGGAAUUUCCGUUGAAGUUGACCAGGCAGACUCUCCCUGAGGGGCGAGGAAGGACAGCAGAUGUUGAUGCUUGGAUCUGAAUCUGUGCACUUGGGGUUGUGACACAGGAACAAUGAAAGACGGACUUUCUGCUGAUGGACAAAUAUUACACAAUUUCUAAGAACCAGUUGCAGCAGAAGGACGUCCACGGCCCGCCUAUAAUUUCCAGAGAACUGGUCCUGCUGUACGUUGUCAUUCUCCGCUUCGCCAAUUUGCCACGUUUUGCUUCUCGUGGGGGUUUCCCCUUGAGACUUCUUGAGGCAAUGGAUUGGAGCAAUCCCCGCUUAGCCACAAAGCUGCUUGUCAAGUUUGGCAACCUGGGGCAGUGGCCAAAGGCACUGGGGCUGCUGUGCCAGUUAGCAGGAGAGGGGGUGAAGGUGGAUGAGAUCCAUAUGUCUGCGGCCAUUCGUGCCUGCAGCAAAGGCUGUGCCUGGGAAGCGGCCCUGGCCCUUUUGCAAAGCGCCAGCCACUUCUCCAUUGGCACAGACCUCAAGAUCUUCUGUGUGGUUCUGAGUGCUCUGGAUCGUGGACGGCAAUGGGAGCUGGCCUUUCAGUUGCUUGAGCAGAUGGUGCGCGUAGAGAUGCCUCCGGAGCAAGUCGCCUACAACACUGCAGUCAGUGCUUGUGAGCGCUUGGGGCAAUGGAAGGCCGCCAUCGGUGUGAUGGCUCGAAUGUGCCGAGAAGAGGUAGAAAUGGACACCAUCACCUAUGGCACCGCGAUUUGUGCAUGUGCCAGGGGACAAGCGUGGUGGAAAGUGCUCCACCUUUGGCAGUGCAUGGAGGAGAAGUCCGUUGGCAAAAACACCGUGCUCUGCGGCGCAUCCGUGAAUGCCUGUGCCAAGGGAAGCCUUUGGGCAAUGGCUUUGGACAUUUUGUCCUCCAUGCCGCGGUCCAAGGUGAAACAAAAUACAAUCACCUGCAAUGCUGCCAUCUCUGCCUGUGAGAGGGGUGCCCAAUGGCGCUUCGCCCUGGAGAUCUUGCGUCAGAUGCCUCGAACUGCGAUCCCUUGCGAUGUCAUCAGCUGUAGCGCGGCGAUGAGCGCAUGCGAGAAGGCCGCCGAGUGGCAGCUCGCGGUGGCCCUGUUCGAGGACAUGUUCCGACUAAAGCUGCAGGUGGACCUGAUAAGCUGUAGCGCGGCCAUCAGCGCAUGCGAGAAAGCGGCGCGAUGGGAGGUGGCGCUGGGCCUCCUUUGGGGCAUGGAUGCCCUGUCCGUCCGGCGGAGCUCAGUGAGCUUCGCCGCUGCCAUCUCGGCCUGUGAGAAAGCGCAGGAGUGGCCGGCGGCCGUGGAGGUCUUAGAACAGUUCCUAUGCAGCCGGGUAGAGGUCGACCGCAUCCCUUUUGGUGCUGCAAUCGCAGCAUGCUCACGAAGUGGCCAAUGGUUGGUAGCAGAGGCCAUCCUGAGAGACAUGUGCUUCCAAAAGCUUCCAAAAGACGUGAUCUCGUGCACGGCGGCCAUUGCAGCCUGUGCCAACUCUGCCCAAUGGACAAGAGCCUUGAAGUUCAUGGAGGAGAUGGUGACAGAAACUGUCCAUCCUGAUGAGUCGACUUAUGGUUCAGCUUUGAGUGCUUGUUACUUGGCAGGGCGCUGGCAGGAGGGCCUUGAGCUUUUGGAUGAGAUGAAGCGAGCAGACUUCGCCGUUGAUGGCAUGCAUAUCGGCUCUGUGGUGGGUGCGGUUCUGAGGAACUUGGGGCGCAGCGCAGCAGUCGCAUGGCUGAAGACGCUGCGAGAGGGGCCUGAGGAAGCGCCCCAGCCGGGAAUUCAGCUGGGUGAGAUCAUUGGAGGGAGCCCUGUGAUCUCGGCGUCUUAUGGCCUGGUGAUACUCAACAAGCCAGCGGGCGAGCGGACUGAGGAUGUGCAGCUGGCGCUGGCGCAGCGCUUGCAGUCGUCCACAAGCAGCGUCUCGCGGUUGGAUCGGCCCACCUCGGGGGUGCUCACAGUGGUUGUGGGCUCCAAGAUGGCUGCAACCACCAAGUGGUUUCAGGCGCAAUUCGCCAGCCGACUGGUGGAGAAAGAGUACCUUUGCCUUUGUGAGGCCCACCAGGAGCCAGGGCCGCCAGGGUCGCGGCACUCCGUCUCAGCUCCUUUGCGUGUGGUGAGCCAGAGUUCAUGGAGUUCAAGGACUCAGGUCGACGAGUCUUCUGGACGUGAAGCCUUGACGCUCUACGAGAUCCUCGGCUGCUUCACGUUGAGCGGAUCCAAGCGCUUUGUGUUGGUCCGGGCGGAGCCCAAGACAGGCAGAAUGCAUCAGAUCAGAGCUCAUUUAGCAAGCAUUGGCCUUCCCUUGGUGGGGGAUGGGCUCUAUGGCCAGCCACCGCCCGACUGGUGCCGCCGCCUGUUCCUGCACUGUCACCGCUUGAGGCUGCUGGACUGGGAGGCUGAGCCUCUCCAGAUUGACGUGCCGUUGCCCAGUGAGCUCCAGGCAGCCCUGGAGCAUUUGGAAGCGACAGAGGCCAAUGAAAAGAGGCCCUUCAUUGUGAAAGAGGCCGAGUUAGGGGAGCUGGAUGUGCUUAAGCAAGCCACUUCAAAGUUAAAAGCCUUCAGCACAAGUCAUCAGUGGACCAAAGCUCUAGAUCUACUGGCUCUUUUGCGAUGCUCCACCGGGCCGAAACCCAACAUGAUCACCUGCAACGCUGCCAGCAGUGCUUGCGUCCAUCACGGAUGGAGCUGGGCCCUGCACCUGUUGGUCUCUGCCCAAGCUGCACGGCUGCGAUCGGACCUGGUGAGCUGCAACGUGGCCCUAAAGGCUCGAGCCCAGUGGGUCGAUGCUAUGGCUUCUCUGGAGCAGAUGUGCCGAUCUCAGACUCGACCCGAUCUCAUCAGCUACAACUCACUGGUGCACCAGUUGGAAGCAACCCAGUGGUCUCGGGCACUAGGAAUUUGGGGGGAAAUCCAGGCAGAUGUACGUGACGUGGUGACCUUUGCCUCGAUUGCCAGCAGUUGUGCAAAAGCGAGACAGUGGCGACAUGAGCUUCGGCUGUUGUCGUCCCUUUGGGGCUCAGCCUGCGAACUGGACGCGAUCACCUUCAACGCCAUCACUAGUGGUUUGCCUGAGAGCCAGGCCUGGUCAAAAGGCCAACACUUGCUGAGCAAGGUGCAGUUCUUGCUACUGCAAGUGAAUGAAAUCAGCUACCAUGCUGCCAUCAGCUGUCAGGAAUUCUGGAGAAGGGCUAUCAACCUCUGCGGCAAACUUCGAGAGGACGGCUUGAAACCGAACAUCGUCACUUGUAAUUCCAUAAGCUCUACCUGUCAAGCAGAAUGGCAGCAGGUGAUGCUGGCCUUGAAUACUUUUGCAGAUAUUGGACUGGAAUUGGACAUCAUCUCCUUCAAUGUGGCAAUUUCAGCGUGUGGGAUGAAGACGCUAUGGGAAUUGGCAUGGUCUCUGUUUCAAGAGCUCUCAGCCUCAGGGAUGGCAGAUCCUUACACCUUCACCACCAUGAUCAAGACGUGUGCCGCCACCCACUGGUGGCAUGUUUUGUCGCUCCUGGAGGCUUCACAUUCUUUGGGGCCAAGCUUAGAAGUGUGGAAUGCAGCCAUCAGCAGCUGCUCAAACGCGUCAGCCUGGCUGCAAGCUUUGCUUGUGUAUGGUGCGAUGCAACAGCAGCAGGUGCUUCCUGACGUGGCCAGCUAUAGUCAAGUGAUCAUGGCAUGUGAUGAGGGAAGCCAGCAUGCUUUGGCUCUGAGCUUUUUGGAAGAGCUGGAGGCGGAUUCCUUGCGGCCAGAUGUUGUGGCGUUUGGGUCGGCGAUGAAUGCAUGUGCACACUGCGGGGAGCUGAAUAAAGCCCUGGAGUUGCUGAACAGGAUGCAGGAAUGUCAGGUGCAAGCGAACCUGAUGGUGGCGAAUACUGUGAUCAACAGCUGUGUUCUCACUGGAUCCUGGGAAGAGGCUUUGAAGCUCCUCAGUGAGUUUCAAAAGGCCCUGCAGAUGGAUGUGAUCUCCUACAACUCCUUGUUGAGUGCCUUAGCCCCCAGUGGUCUUUGGACCCGAGCCGUGGAUGUUUUGGAAGAAGCUCGUAGCCGUGGACUUACGAUGGAUAUGAUCAGUAGCAAUGCCCUCAUGAGCGCCUGCGAGAACCGAGCACGAUGGCAAGAAGCCUUGCAGUUGAUGAACUCUUACGAAUGGAGUGCACCGCCUGCUGAGAAGCCACGUCUUAGUCAAAUAAUUAUCACCAAUACAGCGCUUGCUGCUUCAGCAAGGUCUGGUCAAUGGCUCCUGGCCCUGAGUUCCUUCAGUGAGCUUUCUCAGGAGGCACUGCAACCAUCCCAUGUCUCCUAUAAUGCUGUGGUGAGUGCAUGUGAAAAGGGUCGAAGGUGGUGGCUUGCACUGGACUUGUAUCAACACCUCUUAGACUCCAAGCUGCCUUUGGAUGUUGCCACAUGCAACUCGGCCGCUCUCGCAUGUGCUGCCGCUGGCCAAUGGCAGGAGGCAUUGUUGCUGGCAAUGACCAGUUCCUCCGUCGCCAGCCUCAGUGGGGCCAUUACAGCAUCCGCUGAGCUCAUGCAAGGGAAUGAGCAGGUGAUGUCCUUGUUGUCAGGGGUUGAACUUCAAGCCUUGACGGAACUGGCUUCAUUGGCUUCAGUCAAGCCUGAAAAAGAGGGCGCUGUUUCCCGAAUGGACCGAACGAUCCAGUUGCGCGCCUCAAUGGCCCAAUGGCAUGAAAGCUUCCUCGAGCACCUGGCCCUACAGCGCAAGAAGCGCUUGCGUGCCCGAGCGCUGUUGGCACUAGCCUUGAUUUCUGAGCCCAUGGAGAGGCAAUGGAAAGAGAUCUUUGUGGAUGUCGCCUGGACGGCGUGGGUUCAAGUUGUGGGGGAUGAACGCCGUCAACGGGAGAUGUGCAAGGCGCAGCAGAUGUACGAGAAGGUCCUGAAUGAUGCGCACAGCGCCAUGGGGCUGACCUGUUUGACCGUCUGGAGCAGUCGUGCUAUCCUGCCCUUCCGUUUCUCGAGUGACACCUUGCUAGCGUUACUUCAGAAGGCUUUGCCUUCUGUGCCUCCUAAAGAUCUGGAGGUAGUGGCCGAAAGCGUGCCAAAAGAGCUCGAUGGCCAAACCUCCUUCUUUCAGCUUAUGUCUUGGCUUUACCCCUCGGCCAAGCAGGCCAUUGACAUCGAAGAAUGGCAGGCUCUCCGUCGCCAGCACUGUUCAUGGGCGAAGCGGUGUCACUCGCUGCUUGUGCUGUCUUUGAUUGCUGAGCCUUUCCAGCAUUUUUGGCGGGAAGUUUUCCUGGACCUCGCCUGGUCUGCCUGGGCCGGAGCGGUGGCCGGGACCCGCCGCCGCCGAAGCCUUUGUGUCGCACAAGCCGAGUUUGAAUCGGAGGCUGACAGGCUCUCAGCCUUGUGUGGCAAUCAGGUGUCGCCACAAGAUGUGGCCAGCACCGCGUUGCACAACAUCCUUGUGAGGCGCAGCAGCCACCCUGAAAGCUCUCAAGAUGUGAGCCUCGGGAUGUAG